AUGGAGAAAAGCGUUGCAUCCUCCUCGCCGCCCUUGCACCUGUGCAUCAACCGGCUGCGAAAUGCAGAGCUCCAGACUCCUGAGAGUGACCUGCCUUGCUUGUGGCUCUUUGUCUCCCCCGCAGCGUUUUUCACAGAGACCCCCCACGACAUGACCGCCCGGGCUGGUGAGGACGUGGAGAUGGCCUGCUCCUUCCGUGGCAGCGGCUCCCCUUCGUAUUCGCUCGAGAUCCAGUGGUGGUACGUGCGCACUCACAAAGACUGGACGGACAAGCAGAACUGGGCCUCCAACCAGGUAUGGCAGACCCACUCCUCCCACCCCCAGACCCGCCCUGCCUCCACCUCCACCUUUCCAUUUUUCUGCAAAGAGCUCAAUGCAGCUGCAUCCCCAUUGCAGACACCCUCUCUGCAAGACUCCACUCCGAGAAAAGACUCCUGGUCAGGAACAACCCCCCCCCCCCCCCGCAGAAGCCUCCUCUGGGGAUCCUUUUGGUGCUAUGAAGAGCAGGCCUAGAGAAGGGUCUAAUAUUCAUUCAUGCAUGCAUGCAUGCAUGCAUGCAUUCUGUGAGGAAUGUGUGUGGUUGCUCACAAAGAUAACAGCCAGGACUGUCUUUUACAGGUUUUAUUGAGUGCAAAAACUAUGUACAGUGCAUGAGUCCAAAAUCCAUGUCUGCCUCAAUCACUAGCAGAUUCCGGAAGUGGUUUCUUCCGGUUCGCCCUCCAGCACAAAAGCUCAGGAAAAACCCCUCUCCGCCUCUUUUCCUUAUGCUUAAUUCCCUGGUGAAAACUCUGCGACGGAAGAGGCAUUUCCAACUCCUUGGGAGUGGUGUUGUGGCUCAUCUCAGCCUGAGUGCGCCUCUGCCUUCUUUGUCCGUUGCUCCUGAGGGCUCGUCUUCACCAGACGAGGUGAAGCUGCUCAACAAAGGGAGGCUCUCUGUACGUUCCUUCCUCUCUCUCCCCUCCCCGAUGGCAGCCCCUGACACAUUCAUUUAUUUAUGCAUUCAUUUAUUUAUUACAUUUAUAUCCCACUUUUUUCUCCGAGGAGCUCACAGUGGCAUAUAAGGUUCUGUCAUUCCACUUUUAAUCCCACAACAGCCCUGUGAGGUAGGAUAAGCUGAGCGGCUAUGACUGUCCACCCAGCGAGCCUCGGGGCCGAGUGGCGAUUUGAACCCUCCAAAGGCCUAGUCCAACACUCUGACCCCCUGGACCACACCGGCUCUAAUAGGGGUGUGCAAGAUUUAUUAUUAUUAUUAUUAAUCGUUAUUAUCGCUAUCUGCAGAUUUUAAUUUUCAUUAUGAAAGCUCAAAUUCAUUUUGUCUCUCGUUCGUUUAAACUGCAUUCAUUUCAUUACUGGAAUUGCUUCGUGCGCUGCUUUGUCGUCGAUGUCUAGAUGUGUCAAAAUAAUAUUAUAAACGCUGUCUGAAGCCCUAAAAAUAAAUCUGGCUACUUGGAUAUUCUGCCAUCGCAAAUCUUUCUGAGGGGGCGAGGGGCAAGCAGUGGCUGCACCCCCUCCAAAUGUCGGCCCCUCUCCAACUCUAUGAUUCUGCAAAACCGUCUCUUCCAAAGGCGAAAGAGAUCCCUUGCCCAGGGCAGAACAGGUUGCCCAGUGGCCUCCCUGCCUUCUGGCACCCGAUACCAUCAGGGGGUGUAUCGGACACAGUUCUGCCACCACCACGUUCUCAGCUGCUCCUAGUUCUUCUCCUCCGCAUCCUCCCUUCCAUCUCCCGCUCCGCCUUUCUCUCCCCUGCUAUCAGACUCAGCAAACAUCUGUCUCUUUCUUUCCCUCUCGCUGCUCACACAGAGAUAAGGGCCAAACAAUGGUGAGGGCCUCUUGCCAUGGGAAUGGGGCUUGGUGAUGAUUUUGUGCUUGGGCAACUCAGCUGCUGCCUGCGCUCAUCCCAUCAGCCGAUGGCCCUGAGGGGUGAGAGGAGGAAGGAGAGAGGAGGAGAGGAGCUCUCCAAGCUUGAGCCCCAUUGCCCCAGAGUGACUUCGGGGUGCACACUAAGAACGUAGGGUUGCACCCCAGCCGAGCUGUGUGAGAUUCCACAGGUUCCAGGCACAUUUACCCAGUGUCUGUGUAUCCUUUUGCAAAUAAGGCACAGGAGAGACUGUGGUGUCUUUCGGCUAGAUCGGUAUUAGCACAUUUGUACAACUUAAGCCUCUCCUGCAGUUCGAAAGCACCUCAAAGUGCAAGUAGAUCAAUAGGUACCACUCUGGUGGGAAGGUAAACGCCGUUUCCGUGCGCUGCUCUGGUUUGCCAGAAGCGGCUUAGUCCUGCUGGCCACAUGACCCGGAAGCUGCACGCCGGCUCCCUCGGCCAAUAAAGCGAGAUGAGCGCCGCAACCCCAGAGUCGGACAUGACUGGCGAACUAGAGCAGCGCACGGAAACGCCGUUUCCCUUCCCACCAGAGCGGUACCUAUUGAUCUACUUGCACUUUGAGGUGCUUUCGAACUGCUAGGUUGUGGCAGGAGCAGGGACCGAGCAACGGGAGCUCACCCUGUU